AUGCGAAACGGCCACAGCAAUUGCAAAGUCAGCACGCAUCAUAGAGGAACUCGAACCCUCUGGUUCGAAGAAGAGUUCAGCGCCAUCAUCCUAUUCUCGUCAGCUCAUUACACCGAGCCAAUGCGAUGGAAGAGCGCCUGGUAUUUACUGAUGAAAGCCGUCUCUGAAGGUGCAGGAUUGAUUACACUUGCGAGACCACAGGACGAUGAAGAUUGGGGCAGAAACAUGAAUCUUCUUCGGGACUUUAUCGAAGAAACUUCUGCCCAGAGACCGAUUCUUAGGCAACGCCUUCGUUGCCUCCUACCUUUGCGGUCUCAAAACUUCUCUGUGGAUGCGCCAUUCAAAACGUUGGUGGCGGAUAAAAUAACUUGGUAUCAGAGCGCAGUGAAGAGAUUCUGGUACUCUACUUUGAGGGCACACAGCUUAGCGCUGUGCUUGCCGGAAUUCCACCUAAGGCCAUUUCAAGAAAGGAACAACGACUCCCACCAGCAUGCUUAUGGUAGCCAGCGCGGAUAUCUCGUGAUGCACAAAAGGAACCGUUCCAUAGAAGCCACCGCUCUUGCUCCAGAUCGCGAACGUUCACUUCAGAGAAAUUCAGCAGACGAUCGCUUCGUGGGCGCUUUUGGAAGGGGGAUAAGCGCAGUGGAAGCGCUUCUUGUUCCGGGGGACCCAUGUAAGGACCCAUAG